AUGAAGGGCCUCUUCUUAACCAUCUGUUGGAGCCUAUGGAACGCAAGAAAUCAGAAGGUUUGGAACAACAUACAUGUCAACCACGGCAGCAUUAUUCGAGAAGCCAGUGCUUUCCUUGAAGCUUGGAGACAAGUUCACUGCAAGGAUAGUAGCUAUACAUCUGUUAGGCAAAAGGAGAAAUGGAAGAGACCACCAGAAACCACUCUCAAGUUGAACAUGGACUCUGCAUUGGCUAAGGAAACCAGAACAACAAGGGUUGGGGCCAUCAUCACAGAUCAUAAUGGACAAUUUGUUGCUGCCAUGGUGAAAACUGCAAGAUCGUCAACACUGUAUCCCAAAGGGCUCCACAUGCUAAGUGUCUUCUAG